AAGUGGCAGGACCAGUUUCCCAUGACACGCGAAAGAAAGGCAGGGCUAGCAUUUGGUGUCAAACAAUGGUGUGAAAGGGUAGGGAGUUGUAGGGGUGCAAUAGAUUGAAGUCCUAGAAAUGCAAAGCCAGACUGUAGACCGCGUUACCCCUGAAGUUGGGCUGAUCAUAGACUGAGAGACCGGGAAAGGAGGAAGACGGGAGGAGGGGGAGAAGAGAAGAAGGAAAGGUGUAAGGCACAGGUGAAGAGGGUGGAGUUAAGACAACUGCUGCUGGUGUAACUUAGACAAACAGAGCAGCGCAGUAAUCCCCCGAGGUUGACAAAGUCACCUGAGGGAGCAGACAAUGAAUGACUGAUCAGCGGCGCUAACCCGGACUACACCAAACUAACAAUCAGAUGGGAAGAUGUAUAAAAAAUGGCAGCGCAUAUGAGUGACAGGAUGGCCGCUGGCAAAUGGUAUUGAAUCCACUGGCCUGAAAAUUUCCUUCAUUGAGAUACAAGACAAAGGAGGGGGGGAGAGGAUGACUUCAAUGUCAGAGGCCGACUUCCAGUGCAAACAGGGAGAUACCAUCUGUGAGAUCCGCGUGUAUGAGCAGGAGGUGAUCAUCGUGCCCAUCUUGCUGCUGGCCAGCUUCCUGGUCACCCUGGUCUUCAUCCUGCUGCUGCGCUUCUGUCCGGAGAAAGUCGACCGCAUCCGACCGCAGGCCUCUGAGGGGCCCUCCAGGCCCCAGCGCACCAGGAGGGUGCUGCAAGGAAUCGAUGCCCCAGCAGGUAUCAAUGUCCUGGAGCAUGAGAGCAUAGCCCUGGACAUGUCCAGUUCCUACUCCACCUUCAACCCGCCACACACCUACUCCUCCUGGAACCCGACCCACCCCGUGGACACCACCUCUCGACCACCCGUCCCCCCACAACAACCCUGUAAACCCAGUUUCACCCCCAUCGUGCAGCCCAGGGAGUUGCCCCGCCAGAGGCUGCCCGAGUCAUUCAACCUGGUGAACUCCCUUCCCGUCACCUUCUCCCUGCAAGCCGACUCGGCGGUCUCCCUCUACAGGGCCCGCAUGGACAACAGGAAUGUGGUCCUGCGUGUACUCAAAGAUUCUGCCGACGCCACGGAGAGACACAGCUUCCUGGGUUUUGCCUCCUUCUUGGCCCAGAUGGGACCACAUCCCUUCCUGCCAGAACUCCUCGGCGUGAUCUCCCUCCGAGCUCCUCUGGUGACCGUGGUGGAGGAGCUGGAGAACAGAGAUCUGCUCGGCUUCCUGUGGCGAUGUCGUCAGGACCAGGCGGACCCUCCGUGUGAGAUGAGCGAGAGACGAAUCUUUACCAUGGCCAAACAGGUGGCCUCGGCCCUGGAGUUCCUUCACAGCAGGGAUCUUCUCCACGGCAACGUGAGAGCUCGCAGCGUUUUGGUCAGCAGGGGGCACACGGCCAAGCUUUGGGGUCUGAAUGGGGUGUACAUGAGGAAAAACCAGGGCGCCACUCAGACGGAUGAUCCCAGCAUGAGGAAGUGGCAGGCUCCGGAGCUGCUGGCCAGGAGGCCUGCCGGCCCGAGCAGUGACGUCUGGUCCUUCGGCAUCUUGUUGUAUGAGAUGGCAACCCUGGGUGAAGCCCCAUUUGCAGACAUUUUAGUUAACGAGCUUCUGCAGUUCCACCAGCGAGGAAAGCAGCUGAAGAAGCCGCCCAUGUGCUCCAACACACUAUACUCCACCAUUAAAGCCUGCUGCCAGUGGAAGGAGCAGGAUCGAGCCUCACUGGCCGAGGUCGGCCGCAGGCUUCUGUCAGGAGAGAAGAGCGCCAGUGACAAAGUCCUCAAGAUGCCCGAGCCAAUUAACAUUGAAAAGUAUCUGCAGGAGGCAGGAUACGGAGAAUCCAACAACUACACCGUCUUCUGAUCACUGGCUGUGCCGGAAAAGAUAAUGGACGACACACUGGACAAAUAACCUAGUGGUUGUUUGGGGAAAUGCAGUUUCUUAAAGUGAAGAACAAACUGCUCCAAACUCUGUUUUAUGAGUACUUAGGGAUUUUCAGAAUUGAAAAUUACCCCCUCUUUAAUUCUUGGUGUGUAAUGAUCAAGUUGGAGAAAUUGUUACUUACAUUCUGGAGCUACUUGCAGCGUUUCUGUUUCUUCCUUCUUCCAAGACUUCAGUCAUUUAUAUAUGCAGAUAUUUUUUGCCAAGUUUCUAAUCCACACAUGGUAAGAUGUGUUACAUGUGUGUGUGUCUCAAGGGGUAUGUCACGAAUUACAAUCAUAGCUCGUGGCUCUUGAAAUGUUGGAGAAUUUACACUGUGAUAGGUAUUUUACUAAAAUACAGGAGGUGCAGCUUCAACUUGAGAUGGAGGAUGGUGUAUGAAGGUUUACAAAUCUUGUUUACAACCUGUAGCCAAUGUACCAUAAGAGAUGUCUAACAAAGAAUCACUAUUUUUCCCAUGAUGACUUGUCUCUUGGGU